AUGGGAAAGAAGAAGGCUGCGGCGAGGGGCGGAGUAUCAAAGCGCACCCCGAGUAAGGGGCUGAGCGAAACCGGGCUGGAGGCGGUCGCCGAUGACGCGUACGAGCAGAUGGAGGAGGCGGAGGCGGCGGCGGCCAUCGCCGGCGGUGGCGCGCGUACGGUCAACCCCGAGCUUCAGAAGCGCCUGGACCUGCUCGCGGAGCUGAGCCGUCGGGGGGAUAUCCGUGGAUUCGUCAGGGUGUUCGUGCCCCACGACCUCACGCAGGAUGACACGGACUACUUCGCCGGCGAGCUGGAAGGGGACGAGACGAGGUGGCAACAGCUUGCACAGGAGGUCCAGCUCAUCGCCGAUGGGUCCAAGGUGCUAAAGAUCGUCGGGGACCAAACGACGCGCGCGGAGUUCAGGUACCUGAUGCCAAACCAGGCCCUGGCGAUCCAGAGGGAGGUGGUGUUCUACUGCGAGAACGGCGACUGGAGGGCUGAGGGCUGA